UCUUGAAGACGCAGCGGGUACAUUCCGAGUCCCCCCCCUCACUACAACCAGAAGCAGCAGCAGCAGCAGCAGCACCCACAUCUCCAAUUUGAAAGCCGCCUCUCUACCGGGAGAGGAAGGCUCUUUUUCGGUCAGAUGGCGCGCUGCAGUCCGCCCCCGUCAUUCUCCAGCCCACUCAGAGCAGACACACACACACACACACACACAGAGCGAGAGAAAGAGAGGCAGCCAGCGACCAAUACGCUACGCCGGAGGAGGAUUUCUGCCAGUGAUUUCAGACAAGACACAGCAGGCUGAGAGGAUUUACUACGCCAAUCUGACGGUAUCGCUUGAAGGUAAGAGACUACAGUCAGAUCGUUUAUAGCAACGUGCUCUGUUGCAAUGGCGCGUGAUUUUAUUGAAUGCGUGCUUUGACUAAAGCAAAUCAUCAUUGAUCAUGCUUUUACUUGAUUUAUUUUUACAAAGGAAUCCACUCGUUCUGCUCCCUUCCCAGAAGAAGGUAAGAACAAUGGCAAUGUCACAAUGACCCUUUCAGAUCGGUGGCGGGAAGUUUGAUCUCUUGUACAGUAUUGAUACUUUUGGGCAACUUUUGACUUUACCAAAACUCAUCUUUACGUCAGAGAAAUAGGGCUGUUGAUUUUUAUCAGCAUCUGCAGAUGAUGACGCAAUGAAGUUCUAAGGUGGUCAUUUGUAUGAACUUGAACUGAGAUGUUGGUCUUAUGAGGUAGGAAAAACGGGGUUGCGGAAACGACAAUGGCAAUGGAAGGAGAGGGGGAAAAAAAGACUGAUGAAAAGAGAAUGUGUUAAGAGCACUCACUUUUGACAAUUCUCCUUAAAUAUCUAGGGGGAAAAAAAAGAUUGAAAAUAUUUUUUCCAACUGGUAUAUUCAAUUAUAUGUGUUAUUCAGUACACAACAGCAGCUGAAAAAGCUCAGAAAACAGGUUCGGACAGCAUAAAAGUUGUGGCAGCAGUCUUAUCCAGCUACUGGGAAAUAUGACGUGAUUGUUUUUUAUCCUUCAAGAUAUGAAAACUGUGCAAUGUCUUAAAAGAGAGCAACUAUUUUGAGUGCAUAGAUGUUUCUUUUCAUAGUCUGAGUUUUAAAAACAACUGUUAGUGUACAAUAUAAAUCUGGAAGCAUGAAGUCAUAAUUGCUUUUGUACUGCCGUGCUUUUAAGUACUGCAAGUACAGGAGUUGAACGCGUUUUUUUUUUUUUUUUAAACAUGCAAACAUAUUUCGUGAAAAUGUCCUAUUUUUAGUCGGUAUGGUUCACGUGACUAAUUUGUGCUCAUCUUGUAGAAAGAUGUCUCUGCCACGCACCCUCGGGGAGCUUCAGCUCUACCGGGUGCUGCAAAGGGCCAACCUGUUGGCCUACUACGAAACCUUCAUCCAGCAGGGCGGCGACGACGUGCAGCAGCUCUGCGAGGCGGCGGAGGACGAGUUCCUGGAGAUCAUGGCCCUGGUCGGCAUGGCCACCAAACCGCUGCACGUCCGGAGGCUGCAGAAAGCCCUCCGAGACUGGGCGGCCAAUCCCGCCCUUUUCGGCCAGCCCGUCUCCGGCCCGCCCUCUCUCGGAGGGAUCCCGCUCUUUAAGGUCGACGGCACGGGUCCGAGCGGCUCGUCGGGCGGACAGAGGAAGUCUUUGAGUAACGGACAGCCGGGAUCGCCUUGCGAGCGGGAGGACCGGGCGUGUCUCACUCCCGUGCACGGCGGGAGCCCCCGGAGCCCGUGCUCUCGGGCCUCUCCCCAGCCGCCGGACGCGCACUGCCGGGAAAAACUGUCCCCCCUGGACCCGCGCUGGCUCGCCCCGGAGCCCGAAGGGAACGGAAACUCGGCUGCCUCGGCGCCGGGAAGCGAAGAGGAUCCGCCCAGUCCGCCGCCUUUGCCCGCGGGACCCUCGGCGUCUCCGAGCUCGUCCUCCGUCCCCGCCCCUCUUUCGGCCUGGCCUGGAGGUCGGUUGGACGGCGAGACGAGCCGCGCCGUCGCGGAAAGCGUGGAGAGACUCCUCAGGACUCUUCCUCGCUCCGAUCCGACAGAGGUUAAGAGUCUGCUGAGGAUCAACAAGAAAAUAGCAAAGACCGUGGGCCACAUCUUCAACAUGGCUUCGCAGGACGUCAAGAAGGAAGAGGAGAUCCGCAAGUACAGCCUCAUCUACGGACGCUUCGACUCCAAGCGGAGAGAAGGCAAGCUACUCACGCAGCAUGAGUUGAUCAUCAACGAAGCUGCGGCCCAGUUCUGUAUGCGCGACAACGCCCUUUUACUCAGAAGGGUGGAACUCUUCUCUCUGGCUCGGCAGGUGGCCAGAAAAUGUGCCUACACCUCCACUCUCAAACACGCGAGGUCAAACGCGGAGGAGGACAACCAUGUGUCGUCGCAGAAGAAACCCAGGAUUGAAAUGACCGGGCCCGAGAGCACGUCAUCGCUCGUUCUCGGAGUGGACGCCGGAGAGGCCUCGGACCAGAAGGCGGAUGAUGACAGCUUGUCUGCAGAGAGUCCGGAAAGCGCCUCACACGACACGGGCUCACAGUGCCAGCCCGCCGACGGCUCCGCCUGGAGUCGCCAUCUCAUGCAACAAACGCUCAUGGACGAAGGUCUGCGAUUGGCUCGCAUGGUGUCACACGACCGGGCCUCCAAAUUAGGGGCAGACGGGACUCACUCUACAGAGCACACCAGUAAAGGUCAUCAGCGAAGCCCGAUCACGGCGUGCCACGGCGUCGGCCCAAACGUCACCAAAGACAACACCGUUCACAGAGGGAAAUAAAGAGAGAGAGACAAUUCAAAUCCACAGCAAAGGACUUGUUCCCGUGCAAUGUCGGUCGAUGACAUGGUCGUCAACCCCUUUGUAGGAUGACGUCAACAGCCCGGUUGUGUUAUUGGACAUUUUGCCAUUAAAAGCAUUCCAUCUACAUACUGGAGCAGUAUUUAUUAUUCCAAACAGUCUUGCACGGUGAUGUGAAACGCCCCAACACACAAGGGGGCACUACAACUUUGGAAAUCAACCCCUUUUUCACCUCUGUGUAGGAACAAUGAAAGAAAGGGCGUAACUUUUCAACAUGUCAAAUAUAGAACGGUUUACUAAUCCUCAUUUUCUAGCAAAUCAAGAAAAUGAAUCAAGGAAUUCAACCUGUUGAUUCUGUCCAUCUUCUUUUUUUUUUUUCCUAAACAUUUUAUCCUGUUAUUUGUACGAUGCACUCAUGGUACUUGUGGUUUUUUAUUGAGUUUUUAAAAACAUUUUUACCUGUAACGUCUUCACGUUCAGCAAAAAAGGCCUUUUUGGGUGGCUUGUGGCGAGGAUGCCGUUCACUUUCAUCUUCAUUCGUUUUGUGUUUCGUGCCAAAUAUGCAUCAUCAGAACAACAUUACACAUCAAUAAAUUAAGAAUUAAAAUUAAAAGUGACUCUUCAGGGCUGAGGGGAAAAAAAACCCCAAAGAUUUUUAUUGACCUUAUCAAGGGUCACGUAAUAUUUGUUUAAUUACCAGCUUCCUCUUAAAUCAGGGGUGUCAACAGACAGGUUGCUGCUAAAACCCCUAGCAAAAAGUAUGGAAUCACCCGUCUCAGACGAGCACUCACUCAGACAUUUUCUCAUGUAGAACUCAGAUAAAAAGCUUGAAAAAAAAAAAAAAAAAAGAAUUAAUUCAAAAGUGCUGCUCUUUAGCAUUCAGAAACACUAAAAGAAAUGAAUAAAAUACAUUGUGGUGGUCAGUAAAUGUUACUUUCAUAGAGCAAGUGCAGGGAAAUAUAUAUGGAAUCACUCCAUUCUGAGGGAAAAAAUAUGGAAUCAUGAGAAACAAACAGAGAAAUAACAAUCAAAACACAUCUCUAGUAUUUAGUAGCACCACCUCUGGUUUUUACAACAGCUUGCAGUCUGUAUGGCAUGGACUUAAGUAUUCUUCAUCAAUUUGGUGCCAACUCUCUUUGAUUGCAGUUGCCAGAUCAUCCUUGCAGGUCGGAGCCAUUUUUUUCCCAUUUCCACCACAGAUUUUCAAUAGGGUUGAGAUCUGGGCUAUUUGCAGGCCAUGACAUUGACUGGAUGGGUCUUUCUCCAAGGAAUGCUUUCAGAGUUUUAGCCGUGUGGCAUGAUGCACUGUCAUCUUGAAAAAUGACAAACAUAUUUUCAAUUGAAGGGAUAAGAAAGCUGUCUAAAAUUUUGACGUAAACUUUAUUGAAGGUUUAAUCACAGCCAUCUCCCCAGUGCCCUUGCCUGACAUGCAGCCCCAUACCAUCAAGGACUGGGGGAAUUUGGACCUUUUCUUCAGGAAGUCAUCUUUGUAAAUCUCACUGGAACAGCACCAAACAAAAGUUCCAGCAUCAUCACCUUGUCAAGAGUCAAGAAUCUGCAUUGGACAAAUCA